AUGUAUUCCGUUCGGUUUGAUUAUUCCGGCUUCUUCUUUUGACAAAAUUCUACCCAAAUUAAGCUAUGGAAAGAUGAAGUUACACCCGCUGCUGAUGAACAAGUGCUCCUGCUACGGUCAUGUGCUGCAGCGAUCGAUGCUGGUCCCCAGGCUGAGUGCCAUCUCCUCGAGACACAACCUGAAUGCUCCUCUCCAGGUGCGCAAUAGUUUCCAGAGUCUGCGACAAAAUGCGCCGCAGGUCCACUGAGUCGUCUGACCACCAAAUUGGCUCUGCUCCGGCUGAAGUUUCUCUGGGAUUGGGAGUUCUCCGAGAGCCACUUCAUGGAGAACUCACGCCAGGCGGCCGCCGUUUUCACCGACUUUGUGAGGCGUCGUCGGAAUCGGAAUGUGGAGCGAUGCAGUACGCCCAUGGGCUUCAAGCAGGUCAAGCACGAUCUGCUGGACGAUCCGCCUGACUGGAGGCUGAAUCUCAUGCGCUUCGAGAAGAUCCACUUCCGGAGGGCCAUUCCCCUGAAGGUGCAACUGCUGCGUCAUUACGAUCAUAGGUUCGCUUUCCUGGAUGUGAUCUUUGUGGCCCUGCGGCGAUCCAACGAUUUCCGGACGCCAUCGGAACUCCGAGAGAUGACAGAACUGUUGAAGCAGUAUGUAGAUCCCUCGCAGCUGCGAGUGCCACACCCACUGAUCUUCGCCGAGGUCUUUAUGCGCUUCAGACGCGACUAUUCCGUGGAGCCCAUCAGAAUGGGCAAUGUGCACCAAAACAAUCGGUGCAUGGGCCAGUGGCUGAUCUCCACCUACAAGGUGGUCCGCUUCGACAUCCUCAACGACCAUCCCCUCUUCGACAUUCCCCAGUUCGAGGAGUGGAUGCCACCGAUUAUGCCCAGGAUGGGCCGCACCAUUGAAUAAAAUCCGUUUCGCAUUAAGGUCAUUUUAAUAGCUCAAUUACUUGGAAAUAUAUGCGCGUGCUGUAAUAUUUUGGUAUGAUAUUGUAAAAUUAUAGGCCCAACUCGUAAAAUGUAAUAAAAGUAUUAAGAAAUUUUGUUUGAUUUAUAAAGUUAAGAUUUAGAAUUAAAUUACAACUAUAAUA